GAGAAAAUGGCUGCAGGGGUCGAAGUGGCAGCCAAGGUGGCGGCGACAGAGAUCGAAAUGGAGGAGGAGAGUGGCGUGCCCGGAGUGCCUACUGGCAACAGGGCUCCAGGCCCUAAGGGUGAAGGAGAACGACCUAGUCAGCAUGAGAAGAGGAAGGAGAAAAACAUAAAAAGAGGAGGCAGUCGCUUUGAGCCAUAUGCCAAUCCAACUAAAAGAUACAGAGCCUUCAUUACAAACAUACCCUUUGAUGUGAAAUGGCAGUCACUUAAAGACCUGGUUAAAGAAAAAGUUGGUGAGGUAACAUACGUGGAACUCUUAAUGGACACUGAAGGAAAGUCAAGGGGAUGUGCCGUUGUUGAAUUCAAGAUGGAAGAGAGCAUGUAAAAGGCCACAGAAGUCCUAAACAAGCAUAGUCUGAGUGGAAGACCACUGAAAGUCAAAGAAGAUCCUGAUGGUGAACAUGCCAGGAGAGCAAUGCAAAAGGCUGGAAGACUUGGAAGCACGGUAUUUGUAGCAAAUCUGGAUUAUGAAGUUGGCUGGAAGAAACUGAAGGAAGUAUUUAGUAUGGCUGGUGUGGUGGUCCGGGCAGACAUUCUUGAGGAUAAAGAUGGAAAAAGUCGUGGAAUAGGCACUGUUACUUUUGAACAGCCCAUUGAAGCUGUGCAAGCUAUAUCUAUGUUCAUUGGCCAACUGCUAUUUGAUAGACCAAUGCACGUCAAAAUGGAUGAGAGGGCCUUACCAGAGGGAGAUUUUUUCCCUCCUGAGGAUCCACAACAACUUCCCCACGGCCUUGCUGGCAUUGGCAUGGGGUUAGGGCCAGGAGGGAAGCCUAUUGAUGCCAAUCACCUGAAUAAAGGCAUUAGAAUGGGAAACCUAGGGACCGCAGGAAUGGGAAUGGAAGGCAUAGGAUUUGGAAUAAAUAAAAUGGGAGGCAUGGAAGGACUGUUUGGUGGUGGUAUGGAAAACAUGGGUCGAUUUGGAUCUGGGAUGAACAUGGGCAGAAUAAAUGAAAUCCUAAGUAAUGCACUGAAGAGAGGAGAGAUCAUUGCAAAGCAGGGAGGAGGUGGAGGUGGAGGCAGAGUUCCUGGAAUUGAGAGGAUGGGCCCUGGCAUUGACCACAUUGGCAGUGCUGGCAUGGAGUGCAUGGGCGCAGGCCUGGGCCAUGGCAUGGAUCACGUGGGCUCCGAAAUCGAGGGUAUGGGACUGGUCAUGGACCGCAUGGGCUCUGUGGAGCGCAUGGGCUCUGGCAUUGAGGGGAUGGGCCCACUGGGCCUCGACAUGGUCUCCAUCGUCGACUGCAUGGGCCAAACCAUUGAGCGCAUGGGCUCUGGUGUGGAGCACAUGGGCCCUGCCAUCGAGUGCCUGGGCCUGAGCAUGGAGCGCAUGGUGCCUGCAGGCAUGGGGGAUGGCCUGGAGACAUGGGCCCACAUGGGGCCUGUGAUGGAUCGCAUGGCCACUGGUCUGGAGCACAUGGGCCUGGAGUGCAUGGGCGCCAACAGUCUGGAGCACAUGGGCCUGGAGCGUAUGGGUGCCAACAGCCUUGAGCGCAUGGGCCCUGCCAUGGGCCAAGCCUUGGGCACUGGCAUUGAGCGCAUGGGCCUGGCCAUGGGUGGCGGUGGCGGUGCCAGCUUUGACCUCGCCAUCGAGAUGGAGCGUGGCAACUUUGGAGGAAGCUUCGCAGGUUCCUUUGGCAGAGCUGGAGGUCAUGCUCCUGGGGUAGCUAGGAAGGCCUGCCAGAUAUUUGUAAGAAAUCUCCCAUUUGAUUUCACAUGGAAGAUGCUAAAUGACAAAUUCAACAAAUGUGGCCACGUGCUGUACGCUGACAUCAAGAUGGAGAAUGCGAAGUCCAAGGGGUGUGGAGUGGUGAAGUUCGAGUCUCCAGAGGUGGCCUAGCGAGCCUGCCAGAUGAUGAACGGCAUGAAGCUGAGUGGCUGGGAGAUUGACGUGCGAAUCGAUAGAAACGCUUAAGCAGUUGCCUUUUUUAAACAUCGAUACCAGACCUCUGAAUUUGUAUUUUUUCUUGUUAAACAUUUUAAUUUGUUGGCUGGAUGUAUAAAGAUGUUUAAAAAAUUCAGUUGCUUUUUGGGGUAAUUUGAACUACUUUUUUAAUGACUGGGGUUUUAUUUGACUGUUUGCAUUGAGAUUGCAAUGUGCGCAAUUUUUUUUGUAGUUGUGGCAUCUUGUUGACAUCAAAUAUGACUUUGAUAAUAAAUACCAGUUCCUGAAAA